CCUCUUAUAAGAGCAUGAUCGCAGGCAGCUCAUGUGUGAGAGACUUCAAGCUACAGUGGAAUAAAACACACAGGGUAAGAUCCUCCACUCACUUCACACACACACACAGUCAGGACUUUGGGGAAGAGGGGGACUGUCAUGCUUGAUAAGGUCACAAUGUUGGGGAUCAGCUUGUGUUUGAGUGUCGCCAUCCACUUCGCAGUGUCUCAGGAAACAGAAGCUCAGGAUCCUGUCACUUAUACGGCAAGCAGAUCACUUUUUGACCUGUACUUAUUGUUUUCUUUGCCUUUGACUCUUCUUUUGCAGUGCACUGAAGGUUAUGAAUUUGACUAUGACAAACAAAGCUGUAAAGAUAUAGAUGAGUGCAAGACACUGCAGGAAGCCUGCAAAGGGGGCAUGAAAUGCGUCAAUCAUUUUGGUGGUUACCUCUGCCUUCCCCACAACGCUCGGAUAAUCAUCAGUAACGGCGAGGAUGAGCCCACUAACCCCCCACCAGUGGAAAGAGUAGAUGUUCAGCCCGGCUUACCCCCCAUCUCCAGGGGUGAUUACUCAAGAGUCAUUCAUAGCUCAUCACAUACACUCCAGUGUGGCGUGGGUUUCUUGUCGGACUCUCAGAACUACUGCAGAGAUGUGAAUGAAUGUCUAACUGCAAACCCUUGCCAACAUCAGUGCUACAAUCUGAUUGGCUCUUUCCUCUGCCAAUGUGAAGUCGGAUAUGAACUGGCUUCAGACUCAGUCUCCUGCCAAGAUAUCAAUGAGUGUGAAUUCUCAAAUUACAUGUGCCAGUUCCAGUGUGUGAAUCAGCCCGGCGGAUACCAGUGUGUGUGUCCUGACGGAUACCAGCUCCAAGGGACGCGGAUGUGCCAAGAUAUAAACGAGUGUGAAACAGCACAGAACUGCAGAGAAGAUGAAAUGUGUUGGAAUUACUAUGGAGGAUUCCGUUGCUAUCCCAGAAACCCCUGCCGUGAGCCAUAUGUCAAAACAGGCGAAGGACGCUGUAGGUGCCAGUCACCAAAUGUUUGCAGAGGAAUGCCGCCUGUCAUUGUCUAUAAGUACAUGAGCAUCUUUUCCGAACGCACAGUGCCUGCGGAUAUCUUCCAGAUUCAAGCUACCAGUGUCUACCCCAACAUGGUAAACACCUUCACCAUCAAAUCUGGCAACGAGGGAGGAGAAUUCUACCUGAGGCGCUCCAGUAAUGUAAGUGCCAUGUUGGUGAUGACCAAACCCUUGACUGGACCUAGAGAGCAUGUUGUGGACCUGGAGAUGGUUACCCAGAGUAAUGUCUUGAGCUACCGUUCCAGCUCACUGCUGAGACUCACCAUUAUUGUGGGUCCGUACCCUUUCUAAAUCAUCUAGAUCGACCGAAGCAGCACCUUGGUUUUAUGUGUGUACUGCAGCUUACAAUGUUUAAAAUGUUCAACACAGCAUGGCUACCUGGUUGUAGUCCAGAUCAAUGUUCCUUAACUGGUUGGCUGAGACACAAACAUGCGUCAAAAACCAGUUCCAAAUCAACCAAUAGAUAUAAAUGUCAGAUUUUUUAAGAUUUAUGAGUUCACGUUUGUUUGAUGAAUCUUUUGUAUAAUAAAUUUUGAUACUGUG